UUGGUGCUCGCCGGGGACGAUUUGGAAGUUGACGGGGAGGGAAUUCUGUUGGUGGAAACAGAAUUCAGACCGGCGACCGCGGCGGAGGAAAAGUUUUGCUGCUUUUUCGCAGAGCAAAGCAAGGCGCUUUUGACGGCGGGGAAACUACUUCUUGCGGGACCACGACCGGAAUCCCUCGAAGAGUUGAUGGACCUCUACCCGUCUGUUUCGCGGGAACGAAAAGAAUUUUUGGUGAAGCUGCACCACAACGGCGGGCACUUCAGCACCUUGGCGGAAAAAGUAAAAGACAAAUUGGAACGAGAAUUCUACGAAGGCAUAGCCAAGUUUGAUCUUUGUCAUGAAUGCGCUGCGUUUUCGAAGGUGCGUGAAGUUCUUUGGCCAGUGGGCUUCAGCCAAUUUUCAUCCCGGCCGCGGCUGCUGUGGGGCGGGGACAGCGUCAACACGGCGAUGGGGAUCGUCUACCACUCCUACGAUUUCGGGUCCACCAAGCGCAGCCUCCACCUGAUCGACCACCACCUUCCGGACAAGUUCGGCGCGGAUUCCGCCAAGCCUCCGCCACAGGUUCCGGCCGCAAUCCUGAAGUUCAAAACCAAGGCGGGCGGCUUCCCGCGCUUUUUCCUGUUCGACCCCAAGACCGAUAAUUUGAACAAAAUUUCGGAAGAUUUUUUGGCAGAUAACGACAUCCAGGGAAUCCCGGUGCCGUACGCUUCCCCUUGGGUCCUGGGGAAGGAGGAGCGGGCGCACACGAAGUUUUCUUCGUCCUUGAAUAAGGUGCUCCUCGUCACUGGCGCGACUAAGGUCCAGCUCCUGGAGCAGAUAGUGGGGAUGCGGAACGUCGGGCAAGCGAUCAAGCAGCUGGUGGACGUAAUCUACAACUCCAAGAAGCUCGACGCGGACCAGUUUGAGCUGAAGGACGGAGCGGGUUUUGGAGUAUACCGAGGGGCUUUUGAACAACUGCCCCGGCGUGCGGGCAACGGUUUACUCCGCGGACAACAUCCACUACGGGCACUGCGAGGAAUACGACGGCGCGCAGACCGUCAACACCCUCCACCAGAUGCAGAAAUCGCUCGACGACCAGAAAAAGAUGUCGGUCGCAACACACGGGCGGGAGCUGAUGGACCGCCUUCGGCGCUUCAACAAGGGUUACAAGCUCAGUAG